CAAAACAAUACCAGCUGUGACUGCGAAUGCAAGAAAAGAAUUUGAUAUAGAAAAGAAUAAAGCAGUGUCCAAUUUUCUAACUUAGCAAAUAACAUUUAUGCAAAUCAAUACUGAAUUCCACAACCAUACAAUUAUAUAUAGUUCGAUAACGCUAAGUUUAAGUAUAGCGUCAAAAAAAUUAACCGUCAAAUUAAUUUUUCGUAUAAGACACACCACAGAUAAUAAUAAAAAAUUCUAAUAAAUAUGUCCGAAGUUUUCCUUGUGGAGAAUAUCAUUGUAAAAGCAAUACUUUAAAAUAAAUAAAUUCCCUAAAUAAAUUGGAAAAUGGUAUCUUAUGAAUAAUACUUUGGAAAAACUCGCUCACAGUAUAAAAGUUUUAUAUUAUGCAACUUACUACACCUAUAGAAGAAACUAAACAUUUCAACGGAUGCUGGAGCUUUUCAAACAACUCAGUUAGUUUCUCUAGAGAAAUAAAACUCAAAUCGAGCAAAGUUGAAGAAUUCGAGGCGUCAACAACAAAAUAUUUUGUCAUACCAAUUGGGUAAUCGCGCAGUAGAGACGAAAAAGGCCAGGUACUCUUCAUUACGAUAAGAAGGAACGACAAAUGAUGAGCUACGAUGGAUUAUUAUCACUGUCGCAGUUGACAGAUGAGAAGUUAAGUCUCAUUCAAGGGAGUACAACUCCACCGUUACCAAAUGCGAUUAAAUCAAAUGACAAAACUGCUGCAUCCAAAGGGGCGGAUAGUGUAGUAGUACCCGCAGUUGCCGACGUUACAGUUGAAGAAGAAGAGCAAGCUGCGACAAUACAAACCAUUCAGUUGCCUUCAGUCAGUAGUGAGAGUAACAAUGCAACUUUUAUAGGAAAUUUGAGUGCAUCGACCGCAACAACCACUGAAACAACAGCGCCUUUUAACACAUCAACGGACGUAUUAAACGGGGAUAUAUCAACACCGCAACGUAAGAUUUCUGCGUCAUCACGAUUUAUGAAUGCGUUCCAGCAAUUAUAUUCGAGCGCAACUACUGCAAACACAUCGACUGACGCAGACGAGAUCGAUAUUGCGAACUCUACAAACGGAAUGCCUGCAGUCAGCCGCACACCCCAUAAGGGUAUGGAAUCAAAACUUUUGUCAAUGUGGCAUAACGUCAAAUAUGGUUGGAGCGGAAAAAUCAAACCAAAUUUUUCUAAAGAACAGCCAGUAUGGCUUCUGGGGCGAUGUUAUCACCGCAAAUAUACUCCACCAUCAUCCAUGGAAAGCUCUACUGAACUCACUACAAACUCUGGUGGCGUAAUUUCAACGUCAAUAAAUAGUAGCUCUUACGAAACGCCAGAACAAUAUAUGGGUGAUAACCAUGUUGUCCCCAUCAGCAAUAUUUAUCCGCCACUCAAUGCUCACCAAGUAGAUGAAAUAGUAAUUCCACAAGAAUUAGGUAUGGAUGCGGUAGAGAAUCAAGUAGCCGAUCAUCCAUGGGAGGAGGGUAUUGAGGGUUUCCGUCGUGAUUUUUAUAGCCGCAUUUGGAUGACUUACCGCAGGGAAUUCCCGACAAUGAAUGGUUCUAGUUACACAUCUGAUUGCGGCUGGGGUUGCAUGCUUCGCAGCGGGCAAAUGUUGCUUGCACAAGGGCUUGUUUGCCAUUUCUUAGGCAGAAGUUGGCGUUACGAUGCAGAAACGCAGUUACACUCUACUUUUGAAGACAAUAUGCAUAAAAAAAUUAUUAAGUGGUUUGGCGAUAGUUCUUCAAAGAGCAGUCCUUUUUCCAUACAUGCUCUGGUUAGCUUGGGUGAAGAAAUGGGCAAAAGGCCAGGCGAUUGGUACGGUCCAGCAUCCGUUUCAUAUCUUCUAAAACAAGCACUGAAAAUGGCGGCUCAAGAAAAUGCUGACUUCGAUAAUAUAACAAUUUAUGUAGCUAAGGAUUGUACCAUUUAUAUGCAAGAUGUGGAAAAAGAAUGUCGAAUACGAGAGCCAUCUCCUCAAAAGCAUGUUCCCUGGCAAACAACACGGCGUACUGAAUUGCCAAAAUCACAAAAACAACAAUGGAAAUCGUUAAUUCUGUUAAUACCACUUCGUUUGGGAUCAGAAAAACUGAAUCCCGUUUACGCGCAUUGCUUGAAACUAUUACUGAGUACAGAAUAUUGCAUUGGUAUUAUAGGCGGCAGGCCAAAACAUUCAUUAUAUUUCGUUGGAUUCCAAGAAGAUAAACUAAUACAUUUGGAUCCUCAUUAUUGCCAAGAAAUGGUCGAUGUUAAUCAGGAUAAUUUCUCAUUACAAUCCUUUCAUUGUAAAUCACCUCGAAAAUUGAAGACUUCUAAAAUGGAUCCAAGUUGUUGCAUCGGUUUUUACUGUGCCACGAAAAUUGAUUUUGAUAAUUUUGUGGAAAGUGUACAGUUAUAUCUACAUCCGAUGCGUUGCACCUCCGGAGCAAUGGAUAAACUUACAUCUUCAUCACAUACUGGUGGACACAGUGAAGGUGCUCAAUAUUCUGAAAUGAACUAUCCACUUUUUACAUUUUCACGCGGACAGUGUCCAGAGGAAGAAUGGUACACAAUCAAUGAUUCCCCUUACAAACCAUUGCAGCAACAAGUGACUCAAAUGAAGCAGGAGUUCGAUCUUCAAAGGAAUAGCAUGACAUAUAUUAAUGCGCAAGACGAUGAUGACGAGGAAACUGAAGAAUUUGUAUUACUCUAAAUUGUUUAAGUGAAAUCCAUACCAAUUCAUCAUAUUAAUGCAUCUUUUCAUUCAUUUUAAUUUAUAAGUCAAGCGCCUGCAUAAUGUGAUUGUACAAAAAUGUUAAACUCUCACUGUUUAUUCAGAACUAACUACAUUUACUAUUAUCUAAAGCAAAGAA